CAAGCCUCCUGUUUUUUGGUGGUCCUCUCCAACACGUUCCCACACAUCUAGGCGGGCGGUUUGUCAGGCACUCGGGCAUUGUCGUGGAGAAUAGAACUGGAGAUACUAUCUCCCCAGCUCCCCAGGCUUUGCUCAUGUCCACUGCUCUCUACACCACCUUCGUACUCAGAUUAUUGUUGUCUAUAGUUACCUGUUGAUAAUCGUAACUAGCCUUUCGUUUGAAGAUCAGUUGCCAUUCGUUUUGGUAUCGCACUCGUCGGGUUCGAUUGAUUCGAGCUAUAUCGUAACCUGGUUGAUCCGGUGCCCUCUCCGCGCUGUCGAUCCUGUUGCUCAUGCUGGUUUUGGGCCUUUAGAUUUCGUUUCUAAUCUUCUCGCUUCUCUCUACCUCGAAACCGAUUUAGUCCAUUCCUCGACGCUUAAAAUGGGAAAAAAAUUGGGGUUGAGCCUUCCGGGCCUUAAAGUCUCCGAUCGCAAGAACCCUAAGGUCGUUUCCAAGGCCGACGAACACUCACCUAUUAGUCCUAUUAUAUAUAUUCCCCGAUUGCUCGAUCCACAAACAGAACAGGAGCUGCGAGCGGCCUGCGCUGCUAUCGCGAAGAACUAUGAGCCCGACGACAUUGACAACCAAGUUCUACGUGAUCUCGAAGCUUACACGAAGAUUGUGCGAGACAAGAACGGGUUGUCUUCCUCCGAACCGCAGCUAUCAAACCACCCUCCCGCACCAUUAGCCAUUUUCCCCAACGCGGGACCUAAGCCGACCAAAUCGGCAGCCAAACCAGGUCCAUCUGCGAAAGAUCUCUUAGAAGAAGUAAACAAGGGGACUGCCAAUCUCCGUACUUUCGGAAUCGAACCCCCGCCGGAGAAGGAGAACGGGCCACAACAGGCCCAAGUUCCACCAACAUCGAAACUCUCAAGGCCGCAGCCAUCCGGCGCUGCUCCACCCAUACGGCCAAAGACGGCGCCUACGGCCGCCAUAGAGUCGAGCGAAGAUAGCUAUGCGACGCCGGCGAGUGGCUCGACCAAAAACGUUUCCACAGCAAUCACGUCGUUGGCGAUAACGCCGGCCAGAAGUUCGAAUCGUGGUUCGGAGCAAAAGCCCACGGACCCGAACGCCACGUCGAAAGCCGAUGCCGCGGCGACGGAAUGGAUGCAGCAAGAGCUGGAGAAGAGACGGUUAAAGCUGCUAGAGUUGAUGCCAGAUACAGCGGAUCCGAAGCAGACCAAGCAGCCUCCGCCGAGCCGAUCAACCAGCCGUGUUCGUACCAUUAGGGAUGAGAUUAAAGAAUACAUCCGACCACGUGGUGAGAGCCGCCCUGAGUCCCGUAGCUCUGGUCGUGCGCGUUCUCAAUCACGCACCCGCGGGGCCUCCACCGAAAUCGAUCGCCCAGGCUCUGCCCAAGGUUGGCGGAGCUGGAGUCUGCAGCGCAAAUCCAGCACUAGCAGCCUAGCGGGAAGCCGACCGGCGAGCGCUCGCGAGCACAACGAACCCCGUGAUCGCGAGACGGCGAAGAAGGAGAUCAACCUGAACCGUAAACUGCCACCCCUCCCAGGCUUGGAUCAAUGGGAUCGGGAAGAGAAGAAAAAGGAAGAGAAUAAAAAGAAGGCCAUGGGGCUCCACAUCGCAAAUCUCAUGCAGCCGAACGUGGACUCGAAGGGCAGACUCGAUACUUCUCCGUCAAAUCACAGGUCCGGUGAUGCCAAGCCAGAACCGCACAAUCGCACGUCUGACACCGAGGAUGCCUCACCCAUCACCGACGUGGAAUCCCGCCCAAGAGGCCGUUACUCACAUUCGAAAUCGAGCUCGCAUUCGACGCAGUAUACCAACGCUACCGCCGACGACUCCUCCGCCUCCAUCGCACCUCUUCCCGAAUCUGUCUCAUCUCUCCCGACCACCCACCGCGAUGCCUCCCCCUUCCCCGUCCGCAAGUCCUCUAUCGCCCACCGCAACGGCACCGUUCCCGUCCCCCUACUACUCUCACGCCCGAACCCCGGCACGCGCAUGGAGCCGGUCUCCCUCACCUCCUCUCCCAUCGACCGCCACAAGUCCCCCAAAUUCCCCCCGUCGCCCCACAAAUACACCCUCCAACCCAAGGAGCAAGUCCAUCGCACCGUCCACCAAAAACCCCGAUCCUUCACCCCCAACCCCGUUCCCCCGGGCCGCAAGUCCGAAGGUGACCUUCUGCGCCGGCCGAACCUCGGGUUCGGUAUCCGUUCGCCCACCACGCUGGAUAUCACGGCGCUGCCCCCGCUGCGGGCGGACGGGACGCGACCGACCACCGCGAAGGGCAGGGAGGGCGGGUUGAAGAAGAUGUUCAGCAUGCUAAGCCUGGGCGGGCGGCGGAAGCGGGGACAUGGCGAGGGAGAUGGGGACGGGAGUCGUGGCCAGGGAGCGGAGGCUCCGGUGGUGAAGUUCUAAUUGCUGCUGUCGGCGGACGGAUGGAUCGGAGGCUGACCGAGAGGCGUCGUUUCCCCCUCUCGACCGAAACGCGUGCUCUACCGCCCACGAUCUGGGUUGGGUUAUCAUUUAUCGUCGGAUAUUUUCAUGUGUUUCUACGCUGGCGUCAAUGCAGAGGAAUCGGCUCAUCGCCUGGUGUCACGGGGCGUACUCAAGGAACAACUGCAAUUGAGGAUUUCGGGAAUACCUUCCGGCCUGGACAAGGUGUGGGCGCCAGGGGAAUGGAAUGGUCCAUUUUCGUGAGGAAUCUACUGGCUCUUGCGUAGGCAGACUCUGCCAGAUCCCAUUUUCUCUCAGGGGCUAUCAUCAUCGUUGAACGACUUGGUCAUCGAUGUUUUUCCCCCAUCACCUGACUGGAUUGAUCGUUGAAUAUUUACUGCCAACGAAUUUAGCAGAUAGAUACCUUAUCUCCGCAAUAGAUACCGUCCUCGACUCCAG